UGUCAAGUCGCCCGCAGCUCAGCAUCGGUCUGACAGCGGUGGUAGCCAGGGCACAGCCAGCACCUCUGGGGCAGAAGGCAUGACUCCUCCCUGCCUCAACUGUUCCAUCUCUCCUGGAGAGCUGUCCCCAAAUGGUUCAAGGAGCCCCAUGUUCUGCAAUGGCAGUGAGGUCCAGGGAAACUUUGAGCUUGAGGACUUGAACCUGACGGAUGAGGCCCUGAGGCUGAAGUACUUGGGGCCACAGCAGAUGGAGCUGUUCGUGCCCAUCUGUGCCAUGUACCUGCUGAUCUUUGUGGUGGGCACCGUGGGCAACGGGCUGACCUGCACUGUCAUCCUGCGCCACAAGGCCAUGGGCACGCCCACCAACUUCUACCUUCUCAGCCUCGCUGUGUCUGACUUGCUGGUGCUACUGGUGGGCCUGCCCCUGGAGCUUUACGAGAUGCAGCACAAUUACCCGUUCCAGCUGGGGGCGGGCGGCUGCUACUUCCGAACGCUGCUCUUUGAGACCGUCUGCCUGGCUUCAGUGCUUAACGUCACAGCCCUGAGCGUGGAGCGCUAUGUGGCCGUGGUGCACCCACUCCAAGCUAAGUCUGUGAUGACACGGACCCACGUGCGCCGCAUGUUGGGGGCCAUCUGGCUCCUUGCCGUGCUUUUCUCUCUGCCUAACACCAGUCUCCACGGCCUCAAGCAGCUCUAUGUGCCCUGUCGGGGUCUGGUGCCCGACUCAACUGUGUGUACGUUGGUGCGCCCCCGACUCUUUUACAACUUGGUGAUCCAGACCACCACUCUGCUCUUCUUCUGCCUGCCCAUGGUCACCAUCAGUGUGCUGUACCUGCUCAUUGGGCUGCAGCUGCGGAGGGAGAGGAUGCUGCUUCAAGAGGAGGUCAAGGGCAGGAAAACGGCAGCGGCCCGGAAGACCUGCAACAGACGGCUUCCGCGUCGAGAAAGGGGCCGGAGACAGGUGACCAAGAUGCUAUUUGCGCUGGUUGUGGUGUUUGGCAUCUGCUGGGCUCCGUUCCAUGCGGAGCGCCUCAUGUGGAUCUUGGUGCCCGACUGGACCGAGGACUUACUCCUGGCCUUCCAGUUUGUGCACAUUAUAUCUGGCGUCUUCUUCUACCUCGGCUCGGCAGCCAACCCAGUGCUCUACAGCCUCAUGUCCAGUCGCUUCCGGGAGAACUUCCGGCAAGCCCUGGGCCUGGGAACCCAAUGCCGUCGCCGCCGUCGCCAACACUGUCAUAGCUCCCAUAACCUCAGCAAGCUGACCACAGGUAGCACCUGUGAGAUGGGUUCAGGAACAGCAGGACUGGACCCCUAG